GGGUCCCACUGGAAGUCUUUCCUUUAAUAUCUGGCUCUCCUGGUAACUUGGUCUAGUCGUUCUGUAAAACAAGAACGAUGUUCUGAAACAGACACAAGGACAGAAAUCAUUCGGCUUGCCUGCUAAAAGAGGAAGGCACAUUUCCUUUUCAGAUGGGGAUCGAGAAAGUUUGGGAGCUGGCUGUUCCAAGAGGCUUUAAGAGGGUCCAGAAAGUGACCUAAUUCUGGGACAAGUGUCUCAGGCAUCCUGGUGAUAGCUACCAAGUUUUACCCAGAAGGAGGACACAUGCAUCACUGCACAGACGCAGACACAGUUUUUACAAACUCUGCGCUUCCUUUCCUGCUGUUUUCCACUCCUUCAUGGAUUCCUACACCUUUCAUUUUGAGAGAAUGAGCAACGUGGACCUGCAUCCUCUGUGCCUGCCUGUCAGCCGGCUUUCACCAGACAAGUCCAGUAGCAGCAUCGCCGACCAUCUUACCCACCACCAACACGGCAAGGGAGACUCCGCUUACAGCUCCUUCUCUGGUGGGUCCACCGCUCCAGAUUACCCCUCUCCCUUUACCCAUGAUGACUUACAAUCCAGUUCCUUCAGCCACUAUGCUGACCUUAAACAUGUAAAAUCAUACUACCAUCCGACCCAGCUUCUGCCGUCCGACUCAAAGGCCAUGGAUCAGCUUUAUUGCUCAGUUGAAGCCAUCCCCCAGCAAUAUUCUAAUAACAACUACAGACACAACGGUAAUGAGCGCCACCACACCAAUAACAAGGCACACUCUAAAGACGAGGUGCGUUCAAGGACUCGAUCCCAAAGUGUUCAGAGUCCCUCCCAACCCCCUCCAGUCCCAACUCGCCUCGAUAGUUUUAUAGCUACUAAAAACUUGGAGAACAGCAGGACUCACCACCACGGUACUGAAUUUCAUCCCCUGCAGCCUAAACCCUACAGUCGUCUUCCUUCCUGGAGUCUGCAUAAUCUGGAAUCUGAGACAGCUAGCUCGAAGUUAGACAGAGUCAAAUCUGACUCGGUGUACUCCGUGUGGAGGGGCUCUGAACAGCCACAGUUACACUAUCUACCAAGUUACCGAAUGCACAUCCAGCGUCACGAACAGGGCAGAGUCAACGCAAAACAGCUUUUAAUCAGUGAUGAAAAUGUUGCCCCUGAACAGCAGAGGUCAGCAAGCAUCCUGAGCCACUCGCCUCCCACAACUCAGUCUGAGCACCUGACGCCCAGACAGCCAUCAGAGAGUGCUGGGUGCAACUGCGACCAUCAUGGAAAAUCUAGCUGCCAUUUUGAAAGUGGGCGCAAAAGAGCCUUUUCUGCUUAUGACUGUCUCUGUUCAGAGUCAGCCCGAGCUGGUAGCCCAUGGAGCUCCAGUCAGAGUUUUAUCAGCAGCAGCAUUCAGCAUAAAGGGCAGUUCUACUUUGUCACAGGAGUUUGUAAACUGUCCGAAUCUGGUUCCGGGACAACAUCUGCACCCGCGAGUGACUUUGAGGCUGAAAGGGAGGCAUCUACUAUGUUAGAGACACACCGUCACAGAGAUAAAGAGAGAUGUCACAGCACAAUGGAUAAUUUGUUUAGUUCUCACUGCUCCGGUGGUACGAUUCAGGAUGACGGGCACGUUUUCGUUCCUGCAGCUCAGGGAAAGGACCUGACCUCCAAGAGCCAGGACCAGGAGAAUCACAGGCCACCCCACAUUAUGAAUCCGUCUUUUCAAAGUUUUGACAAGUUAGAAGAAAUCGACAUGACGCACAUUGGUGAGAUUGGCCGCCACUCUGCCAACAACCCUAUAUUCUACUGUGGACCUGACAAAAGCUGCCCACCACAUUUAGCCACUGAUAGAAAGAAGCCCAUCAGUGAACACCCCAGCUACAACAAGAGAGAGGAUCAUGCACAAAGAGAGAAGCAACAGCCAUUGGGGGAGGUUGCCAGUGAGAGGAUAAACAAAGAAACAACACCACUUCUGUACCACCUCACUGGGGCCAGCAGGACCGGCCUUAUAAAAGGCAACGAAGUGGCUCUAAGCAAAGCAGACCGAGGAGACAUCGCAGUAAGUGAUGUUGAGAGACCUGCACCAGGUGACACUUGCAAGACUGCUAGAGAUGCUACAUCUGUGGCUUGUAACACUUUAGAUGAUUCGUUUAAGAAGUACUACAAGGAGAAGCUGAAGGAUGCCCAGUGUAAAGUCCUUAGGGAGACGUCGUUUAAAAGGAGGGACCUGCUGCUUCAUUCCAUGAAGCAAAAUUCUGAGUGCAGGCCGACAGGGAUUCACACUUUCUCUCCAUCACAGGACUCCGAGUCUUCCAAAGCCACACUCACUCCUUCUGUUGCAUCUGAGGAGACAGAGAAGGGCAGCAUUAAGGAAGAACCCUGGGAGAAUAAUAGAGCAACUGAGAGGGAAAAUGGGAGGCCGGCAAAUGUGGCACAGCCCCAGGUGGCUCGCAUUGGAGGAAGGAAGAGGCUGACAGCGGACCAGAAAAAGAUGUGCUUCUCCGAGCCUGAAAAACUUAACCAGCUUGGCAGUGGACCUGUACACGUGGCCUGCCGCUCCUUCAGCAACGAAGGCGACUGUUUGUUCGGAGCUGAGUGUGAGGGAGAUGGGAAUGAGCAGCAAGGACUGGUGGCAGCGCGAAGGAAGAUAUUUGAGAUGAGGGGACGUGCUCAGUCGGUUUCAAGUGCUUCAAAGACAAACCUAAAGCAUCUUCAACACAAGGCCCUGGUGGACUACAUGGAGCGUAAGACAGGUCAGAAAGUGGCCGAGUCCCAGCAGCCCGUGCUGCAGUUACCAGCUCCAUCCAGACAGAGGCACUCUCUUGGGGAGAAACCAUUCGAAUGGGGUCCUCGUGCUGUAUCAGGGAAUCAUGACGGCAAAGGUAUGAAGAAGAAGCACCACAGACCUCUUUCUGCUGGCCGCAUCCUGGAUUCCUCCAGCAGCUCUAUCAGGUAUGCCCAGUUCUCAGCCCAGUCCUGCUCAGGUCAGUAUCCUGGCCAGCACGGUUCAUCUAAGAUGAGGGUGAGUAAAGGUCCAUCUCAGGGAAAGUCUGCCUCAGCAGAGAGUCUUUUGGACCAGCGAGAACCAACUAGUUUCUGCAGAAACCGAUCCACAUCCUCACCGCAUGCAUUUCAGACACUUGACUAUGAGGAGAAUCUUCUGCCAGUUAAAACCAUGGAGACUGAAGGUUUUCUCAAGAAUGAAGCUGAGAAAUCUUCAGUGAAGCAAAUCCCAGAGGGGCAGCAGCGCGCGCGAAAGGUAGCACAGAGAGGAAAGUCCAUGGAGGAACUCGGAGCGUCAAAGCCAGCUAAAGUAGAAGCAAUGAGUAAAAGCUCUGAGGAGCUGGAUAACCUGGCCAGAAAUUGGUCCUUGGGAUUGGAAAGACAAGAAAGAAGUGCUUCGAACGUUGCUGAGGAAAGAAAAUUCCAGCAGAGAGAAAAUCAGAAGGACAAAGAACCAGAGGUUGUUGGUCAGAAAAACACUCAGGGACACGUCCAAAACCAAAUCCAGAGAAACCCCUUGCUGAAACAGAGCUCUGAGCUUGGUCAGGAAGGAACAAAAGGAGAAAGGAGUUCCAGUCGGUCCAGCUCUCCAACCUCCACAUCCUCUUCCCGGGCCAGAGUUUGCUCUGCUUCUCUUGGAUCUCACGUAGCCAUCGCAGAUGAAUUCAGGUCUGAAAGGUCACCCAGUGAGAGUCUUUCUAAUCCACCUUCCCCAAGGGGCCAAAAUAUAAAUGAAAGGGAGAUGAAAUCCACCUCAUCCACACCCAGUCGAACAAAGCAUCUCAGUGAAAGCACAUCUUGCUCCAGAUCUAGAGCUUCAUCUGGACCAGAGAGCGAGCAGUCUGUGGAUGAGCUCGGCAGCGACCCCAAACACGAGGUCUCUCUGAGCUGCGGGGUCACCACAGAUCCUGCACUGUGGAUUCUUCCACCAGAAGACGAGACUAAAGAGAAAGUCAGUGAAAGCUCUGUGUCUCCCUGCACGUCCGUAUCUGAGGCGGACGCCGGUCAGCGGACGGAGGAGCAGAGAGAUCCGGAAACAGAAGCUGACACUCAGGGAGAAAAGGAGGAGAAGGAGAACAGGAGAACACCAGAGGGAGAGACGGAGAGCCUAGAAAAGCCCGUGGAGAAACCAAAGUGGGAGGAGCUUGUUGGCGCAGUGGUCAAAGCUGACCAGUCGUUGGCCAGGGUCCUCUUCCCUCUGGCCAGUCGUAAGACGGCGCUGAUGCUGAUGGAGCAGCUGCUGUCAGAGGACACGCUACUGAUGGAGGAGCACUACAAAAAGAAGCAGGAGCAGAAAGGAGACGUAGAAAGCACUGAAACGGCUGAAGGACCUGAACCACCUUCUUGUCCUCCUGCUUCUGACAGCCAGGCUUCUCAGUGUGCAGACCAGCAAAGCAAGGCUGACCUUGUUAAGAAGAAGCAUUUGUUAGUUUCUUACAUCAAAGAGCGUCUGCAGUCGUUGGAGGAAUCUCGUGGCGCCCUGCAGAGGGAGCUGGAGGAGAACGCGACCCGCGGGGAGGCGUUGAAGCAGCUGGUGCGUGAGCGAUGUCAGCCAGUGGAGCUGGAGAGGUACAGCCUGUUCAUCGGAGAUCUGGAGAGGGUGGUCAACCUGCUGCUGUGCCUCUCUGCACGGCUGGCCAGGGUGCAGAACGCUCUGAGUAUUGUGGACCAGCACACAGAUGCCGAGGAGAAGGAAUCUCUGGACAGUCGCCACCGUCUGCUGUGCAAACAGAGGGAGGACGCCAAAGAUCUGAAGGAUAACCUGGACCGCAGAGAGAACCUGGUCUCCACUUUCCUGUCUCGCCAGCUGUCAGCUGAGCAGCUGCAGGACUACCGACACUUUGUCCAGACCAAGGCCUCGCUCCUCAUCCGGCAGAAGGACCUGGAGGAGAAGCAGAAGUUAGGCGAGGAGCAGCUGGAGGCUCUUUCCAACUGUCUAAAUCUGUGAAAGAAGGAACAAAACUUUCUUUGACUUGAAAGGAGAAUCACCUGUGGCUCUCUAAAGGAGGGACCUGCAGAAACCUGCUCUCCACUCACGAACAUAGCUGUUGGAUAAGACCUCUGAGAACAUUUUCCUCCACAACACCGUCCAAACUACGUGCAUUAAAAGUUGUCAUAAAACUUUACAUUUUCCUUUGAAUAGAAGUGAGCUUCCUUUGUGUGCCUUGGUAUUGUCGACAUUUUAUCUUGGAGCUGCUGUGCAGAAAUCAGUCCCUGUCCUUCAUUUUUCAGGGAGACGUUAGCCCUGCAGCCCUGCGCCCGUGGAAACCUAUAAGCUUUAAGAUUGUGUCCGAGCAGUGGCCUGGCGGAGGGUGGGGUGUGUUGUAGAUGUAGUGGUUUUUUUAAUGGUCUUAUUUUCAAAUGUUUUUCAGAUUAAGGCACUAAAAACCAAAAAAAAGCACUUUCUACAGUCACACAAAUGCACAUUUCUAAGCCUUACUCCAUCCGUUUCAACAUUUCCAUUUUUCUCUUUUAUUUUGUCAUUAGUUUUAGUAAGAAUGUAUUUUAUGGGACAACAGGAAACAAGAUAAAAGGCUGUUCUUUAUUCUCCAGCUGAUUUUACAAAAUCACAACUUUUAGACGACGUCUUGCUGAAUCUGCUUUUCACUCGACCAGAUUAUCGGUAACAGUCAUUCCCUCUUUAGCUGUUGCAGAAUUGACAUGUAAUACUUGAAAGACUUUUAUUUUUAUUAAAAUAAAGUCUUUAUGUCAGGUGUUUUAAACUCGUUUCAAGCUGUCUUACCUCCACAGCCUGGACCCAUUUAGACACAUUUAAACACACCUGUUGUGUUAAACACACUUGAAUCACAAAUAACUUUUAUUUUUAGUAAUUAUAAUGCUUUUAUAGUUUAUCGACUUCCCCUUUAACCAGGAGGGGAUCGUUUGUGUUGUGUGAGAUUAUUAAAAAUAUACUUUUGUGUUUUUCCUCCACCUCCAUCAAAAACAUUUCUCUGUGGACGCCGUCCUUCUUCUCUUGCUGAACGAACGUUUGCUUAUUUUGGUCUUUUUGUGCCGAUGCAGGGCUGAAGGGCUGGAAGGACUCUCGUUGUUUUCUGCAGGCUGGCUGGAAUUUCCUAAAUUAUGCAAAAAGUCCCGUAUGGUGGAGAAAGUGCGGGAAAUGACACCGCAAUGGGGCAUCACACAGAACAAUACUAAAGGAGAUUGUAUUUCGCACACUAGUGAGGUUGAAGCAUGCAGGGUACUUGUGUUACAGCCAAUGGGAAGAGACACUUCAACCCCAGUUGCCUCUAAUGAGGGCAAAUGGUUCAAAAUCCUUGUUUUCUGCUUUAUUUCCUCUGGAGUUUUGCUGGUUUGUGUCUGUUUGCAGUUUAAGGCUCCACGAUGUUUGUAAUGUGAAUAAAUUAAGCUUUCACUG